CAGACAUUCUUACAAACUCAGGCACGUACUGUAGCUCCCAGCACUUGGGCAGAAGCAGAGUUCUGAGCAGGACUGCGCGGGCAGCGGGCUGAAGGUUCAUUGUGGAUAUUUGAAACCCAAGACAUAAUGACAUCAAUAAAUCCUCCAAAGGACAAGUACCGAGCUGUGUGGCUGAUAUUCUUCAUCCUGGGGCUGGGCACUCUUCUGCCAUGGAACUUCUUCAUGACUGCAACAAUGUAUUUCACGAGUCGGCUUAAAGAUGAGGUGGCAAUCAACAUCACAGGCAACCUGACGGAUGGGGUGGCCCAAAAUUACUUGGAGGCGAAAUUCAACAACUUUAUGACCCUGUGCGCCAUGCUGCCUCUGCUGCUUUUCACCUGCCUCAACUCCUUCCUGCACCAGAAGAUUCCACAGAAGGUGCGCAUCAUGGGCAGCCUGUUUGUAAUUCUGUUUGUGUUCGUGCUGACAGCAGCGGUGGUCAAGAUCUCUCUCUCUCCGGUCAGCUUCUUCACACUCACCAUGAUCAAAAUUAUCUGCAUCAACUGUGAGUAUCAGCCCAGCCUGCCUGCACCUAACUGCAAUAUAACACCUUGCUUCUUCGGGGUCGUGACGUCACUCAGUCCCCGUACAACGUCGUAUGGGAACCGGUCCAGCUGUGGGUGCUGUGAUUUAUUCCCCUCCCUCUUUUCUUCAGGUGGUUCAGAGUUGCAGGACAGCUCCUUUGGGUAUUUUAUCACAGCAUGUGUGGUGAUCAUUGUGGCCAUUGUCUCCUACGUCACCCUUCCCAAACUGGAUUUCUUUCUGUACUAUUCAACAGGCAACAGUGCCAAUCCUGCAGAAGGCGUCAGGGAUGAGGAGACCAAACUGGAUUUGCUAAAGAAAGAGAACAUCAAUGGUGUGGACAACAGUGUAGCCUUCAGUAAGCACACAAGCUCCUCAGUGUUCGAGAUUUUCAAAAAGAUCUGGGUGAUGGCUCUGUCCGUAUGCUUCGUGUUCACCGUGACCAUCGGAACGUUCCCUGCUGUGACUGCAGAUGUCAAAUCGACAAUCGCAGGGGACAGCACCUGGGGUAAGUACUUCAUCCCUGUGUCCUGCUUCCUGCUCUUCAACCUGCUGGAUUGGGCUGGGAGAAGCCUGACUGCCAUCUGCAUGUGGCCAGGGAAGGACAGCAAGCUUUUGCCUAUCUUGGUGGUUGCCCGUGUGGUGUUCGUACCCUUGUUCAUGCUGUGUAACGUCCAGAUGAGAGUGAACCUGCCUGUGAUCUUCGCGCACGAUGUCUGGUUCAUCAUCUUCAUGAUUGUCUUUGCCUUCUCCAAUGGAUACCUUGCCAGCCUUUGCAUGUGCUUUGGGCCCAAGAAAGUGCCGCCUCAUGAGGCCGAGACGGCUGGAGCCAUUAUGGCCUUCUUCUUGUCUCUGGGCUUGGCGCUGGGAGCCGCCCUCUCCUUCCUCUUCCGAGCAGUCGUGUAAAAGGACCGAUUCUUCACCUCUUUCUCUCCGCAAGGGAAAAGGUCAACCAAGGAUUCUCCCUUUAAGAUUCUGCAGCAGUUUUGCAGUCACUUGGUUAAUUAGUGUUUUUUAAAUUCUUAGUUCUAGAAUUAAUGUUUUUUAAAAGGAAGAGCACUGAGAUUGACAUAAGAUGGUAAAAAACAAAAAAACCUUCCACUGCUGCAUGGAAGGUUCUGUACUUCCUUGAAACAAAGGACUCUUCAUGUCAGAACAGAAGUAUAGAACAUACAGAAAUUCAUGCUGCUUAAGCUGCCUGCCCUUCGUUCUGCUUUUCAUGUGCAUGUAUAAUUUUUUAUUUUUGGAUUGUGCAUUUUUCUGUUUAUUUGAGACUCAAUGGGCUGUUGGUCGAUCAACUGAUUUUUUCUCAAUAGUUUCACCUGAGCUUCACCUCAGGGAAUCUCAAGGGCUUCCAAGAUUUUAGCUCAAGAGCAGCUGGUAAUGUGGUGACCAUGGAGGGCAGAUAAGGCUUCCCCCUGUUGGAUAUAACUGGUAAAUCAGAAGCUGUGUUUCUACAAAGUGCUGGCCUAGCUUUUACAUUGUUUAUUGGAGAAUGAAGGAAGUCCUCCAUUUGAGGGAAUACUUGUUUUCUAGAGUGCCACUUAAUGUUUUUUGAUUAUGCUUUUGAUUAAGCCUGUUUUUACUUGUCUGGGGAUGCUGGAAUGAAACCAUGCUCUUGACUUUAAACCAUUUUGAUCUGAGCCACACUGAUAAUGGAGAUCUCAGAAGGUGAUUGAUUAUAUUGCGUAUAUGAGCAUAUCCCCUGUAAAUACAGAAGGGUUUUAGAUUUACUUGCUCUUAAGAUGAUUUUAUAUUUCUGUAUGCACUCUUUAGUCAGAAAAAAUCAGUCAUGAUUUUACAAUGUGGCCUGUUUUAUUUUAUAAUUAAAAUUUAUUUUUUAUUUUAGUCUGUGGUGGGCUACAUAAAGUAGAACCCACUGCUAUUUAAAGUAUUGCAUUUGAAUUUAGUAUUUGAAAGACAUUGUAAGUUGCACUAACACAAAAGAAAGGGUUUACUUACUGUCACUUAAAUAGGGGAGAACCUUUCUGGUAGUUUCUUUCAUUAAGAUUUCUCAUGACUCAAAUACCCCCUUUCAGCACUUACUUUGGACAAGUCCCACAGGGAAGUCCUUCACAGUGUUUUUAUAUUUCUUAACAGUAGAUGUAUAGAAUGUGAAUAUGAAUCUGAUGAAGUAUUACAGCUGUAUCAUAUAUAUUAUUGUAUUAUUACCUCUGUGCUAUAGUCAUAGUAUUUACAUUUUUAAAGUUUUAAAAAUUUAAAUAGUAAAUUUAACUCACACCUGUUUGACUGUAUUUUGAUCACAUGUGUCAGUGAAAUGAACUGACAUGAAUCCCACUUGAGUUUUUUUUUUAAACAGUGGCAAUAAUGCAUUUUUUUAAAUAAAACUUUCACUUUGUAGAAAAAACAAUUUAAAUGUUUUCUUUACAAGAUAAAAUGUUUCAAUUACAAGAUAGCAAUGUUUUUUUUUUUUCUGUAGGCUGUUAUUUAGAAAUACACUUUUGAAGAAAGGGCAGUAUUUUGUUACUGAGAUCAUGCUCCUGGAGAUGACUCUCAGCUCUGUCUGAGACCCCCCUGGUUUAAUCAGCUCAGCUCUUCCAUUGUCUGGGGCACCGUUUGGAAUCGAAUGAUGUGUAUUGGUUUUAAGAACAAGAUUUAAGAUCUUUUUAAUCUCAAUCUGUAAAAUAAAACACAGUAUUAAAGUAUUGUCCUGUUCUAUUUUAAAAUGCAUUUGUUCCUUCACACAGAAUUUUUUAUUUAUGUAAGUUUUGUCAAAGAACAAUUAACUGUUUAAUUCUAAGAAAUUUGCUGUGCUUUGUUUUUUUAUUGUAGUUUAUAGUCCGAUGAGUGCAAUCAUUGUAAAGGAGCUUGUUUUAAAGUGGUAGCAGCUAGAACAUCUGAAUUCUUUGAGGAGAGAGAAAGACAGCAGUUUCCGGACUGAAAAGAUGCCGGGAUCCGUAGUGCAGAUUUGAGAAUAUGUUUGAACAUUUGAAAUGCUUUAUUUCUGCUGUAUUUUAUUACUCUGCAACAGCUGCUGCCACUCCAGCCAGAACUGGAGUAUGAAAAUUGAGUCCACUUUCUGUUCAUCUAGAAAUAUUCAGUUUCUUCUUUUUGAACUACAAUAUUGAAAUACAAUAUAGCCUGGAUUUGCACUCAAAAUAACCUAUAAAAACAUUAAUCUAAUGGUUAUUUUUAUAAGAGCAAUCAGCAGCUCUACAUGCAGUUGGGAUCUUCAGAAUAGUAAGCCAAAAAAGACAUCUGUAUGUAUUCAGGAACUGAAAAGUAGUUUGUGUGUGCAUUUUAAAUAAAUCACAUUUUGUUUAUUGUG